GUUACGUUACAAAUUUUAAGAUGGUGCAAUAGUUUGGAAACAUUGUAGUCGACUAUCAGCAUUAUUUCUCACAUCUUUUCAUGAAGGCAAAUUUAUUUAAAUUAAUUUAGUGUGAUUUUUAUAGAUUCGUUAAAGUACGAUACAAUACGUAUUCUUAUAAGACAACUUCAAUGUAACGAAACGUCAUUUCAAAUGCAAGAAAAUAACAAAGAUGGCUGAAGAACAGGAGGUGAUACAAAUAGAGCUGCUAUGCAAACAGCUUUACGAGUCCCAGGACCCGCUCGUAAGGGAGCAAGCAGAGAAGGCAGUCGUUGGGUUUCAGGAGUCACCAGACACACUGAGCAAAUGCCAGGCGCUAUUGGAGCGGGCAGACUCGAGCUAUUCACAACUGUUGGCUGCCACGACGCUGGCUAAGCUGAUCAGCAGGUCGACAGCGAGCCUCUCAACGCAGCAGCGUUUAGACAUCAGGAAUUAUGUCCUGAAUUAUUUGGCAACUAGGCCGAAACUGGCCAAUUUUGUAGUACAGUCGCUGGUAUCGCUUUUCGCGCGCAUCACCAAGCUGAGCUGGUUCGACAUGAUCAAAGAGGAGUUUGUAUUUCACAACGUGAUCAAUGAUAUCACCAAUUUUCUCAGGUACUGGACCAAAUUGAAAGACACACAGCUCUUCGAAAUGUUCCGUCUAUCGUGUUCCCUCCUGGGUACGAUGAGGGGCAAAGCCCCCGAACUAUCGGACGAGAGGCAACACGCGCUAGUAGCUGCACUACUGCGCCUCGCACACAAUUGUCUCACGUUCGAUUUCAUUGGCACUACCAGUGACGAGUCCAGCGAUGAUCUUUGUACUGUACAGAUACCAACAUCAUGGCGUCCGACAUUCCUAGAAUCUGGCACGCUAGACCUAUUCUUCGAGCUUUAUCACCUACUAGGUGGCGCCCUAGCGAGUCUAGCCCUAGCGUGCCUAGUGCAACUAGCGUCUGUACGUCGCUCGUUGUUCAGUUCCAACGAACGAGCCAAGUUCUUGAAUAGACUCGCCGCUGGAGUGCUCAGAAUUUUGGAAAAUACACAGGGCCUCUCAGACCCGACAAACUACCACGAGUUCUGCCGUCUCCUCGCUCGUCUGAAGUCCAACUACCAACUGGGCGAGCUCGUUAUGGUGGACAACUACCCUCGCCUUAUUGAGCUCAUCGCCAAGUUUACUGUGCAGAGCUUACAGAUGUGGCAAUUCGCCCCCAACUCAGUCCACUACCUUCUGUCGCUAUGGCAACGCAUGGUCGCUUCAGUUCCCUACGUGAAGGCAAGCGAGCCCCAUCUCUUGGAGACGUACGCUCCUGGAGUCACCGCCGCGUAUAUUGGAUCCAGACUGGAUUCUGUGUCCUGUGUGCUUAGGGAGGGCGUGGAGGACCCGCUGGAGGACGGCGGCACGCUGUCGCAGCAGCUGGAGCAGGUGUCGGUGGUGGGCCGCUGCGAGUACGGCAAGACGUGCGCGCUGCUCGUCGCGCACUUCGACCGCGCCGCCGCCGCUUACAGCGUCGAGGCGCAGCCGCAACAGAUACACGUCUUGCAAGGUCAGCUAACAUGGCUAGUUUACAUAAUCGGCGCGGCCAUAGGCGGGCGUGCGUCCGUCAAUACGUCCGAAGAGAACGACGCCAUGGACGGCGAGCUCGUCUGCAGGGUGCUGCAGCUCAUGGACCUUACUGACUCCAGACUGGCUCAGGGUGGUUGCGAGAAACUCGAGCUGGCGAUGAUGUCAUUCUUCGAGCAGUUCCGCAAGAUCUACGUGGGGGAACAGGUCCAGAAAAACAGUAAGGUGUACCGCCGACUUAGUGAUGUACUGGGGUUGGCUGACGAGAGUCAACUGCUCAGCGUGCUCAUGAGGAAGAUUAUAACAAAUUUGAAGUACUGGGGCGGUUCGGAGCAGAUCAUAGCGAAGACGCUCGGCUUACUCAGUGACCUUAGCGGCGGGUACUCGUGUGUACGGAAACUGGUCAAACUGGACGAGGUCCAGUUCAUGCUGACACAUCAUACUGCGGAGCACUUCCCGUUCCUGGGUAUAGCGGGCGUGGGCGCGGCCGAGAUGCGCUGUCGGAGCAUGCUGUACACGGCGCUGGGCAGGUUGCUCAUGGUGGACCUGGGGGAGGACGAGGACAGGUUCCUCGCCUUCAUGAUGCCGCUCACUGCGGCAUUCGAGAGUAUCAUAGGCCUGUUAAGCGGGCCGGAGUCAACAAUGUACAAUUCAGAAGACGCCAAGAAGACACUAAUAGGUCUCGCGCGCGAUCUACGCGGGCUAGCGUUCGCGUUCAGCACUAAAACUACUUAUAUGAUGCUUUUUGAUUGGAUAUACCCUGUAUACAUGAAAGUCCUGCUCCGAGGUAUAGAGGUUUGGUUCGCGGAGCCAGCACUAACUACUCCAGUACUGAAGCUGACGGCGGAGCUGGCACAGAAUCGUAACCAGCGGCUACAUUUCGACGUCUCCUCGCCCAACGGAAUAUUACUGUUUCGAGAACUUUCUAAUAUUAUUUGCGCUUAUGGCAGCAGAAUACUAACAAUAGACGUAAAUAAGAAACAGAUGUACGCCAUGAAGCUAAAGGGCAUAUCUCUCUGUUUCUCCAUACUCAAGGCGGCUCUAUGCGGGAACUAUGCUAAUUUCGGAGUGUUCAGAUUAUACGGCGACGAGGCACUAGACAACGCGUUGAACAUGUUCGUCAAACUACUUCUCAGUAUACCGCAGAGCGAUCUACUGGACUAUCCUAAACUAUCUCAGACAUACUACGUGUUGCUAGAACGACUAGCCCAAGACCAUAUGCCGUUCCUAGCGUCGCUACAACCUGACGCAACUCUCUACAUACUCUGCUCUAUCUCCGAGGGACUUACGGCUCUAGAUACGAGUGUCUGUACGGGAUGCUGCGCUACGUUAGACCAUAUUGUGACUUAUCUGUUCAAGCAGUUGGUACAGAAAUCUAGCAACAAGGUAUCGAACCCCCGCCAGCCGCCCCCAGAGACAAGCAACAUGUUCAUAGAAGUGUUACAACGACGUCCCGAGAUCAUGCAACAGUUACUCGCUACGGUCCUAAACGUAAUAAUGUUCGAAGACUGCUGCAACCAGUGGUCUAUGUCCCGUCCCCUGCUGGGCCUGAUACUCCUCAAUGAGGAGCAGUUCGCGCGCAUCCGCCAGGAUAUGAUCGCUCAGCAGCCGAGAGACAAACAGCAACAACUGGCGCUCUGGUUUAAUGGUCUUAUGGCCGGCAUCGAACCGAACUUGUUGACUAAGAAUAGAGAUAGAUUCACCCAAAAUCUAUCAAUGUUCCGUCGCGACAUCAACGACUUACUAAAGGGCGCGGCCGGAGUAAGUGGCGGGAACGUCAGCGACAUGAUGACGUCAUAACUCAGUACUAGAGCUCUAGAGGUAGGACAGGGACAGCGAUAUACAGUAGAGGGAGAUAGACAUAGACGUACAUAUUUCAGUACGAAAUAAAAGUGAAAUGUAGAUUCGUAUGGAGAAGAAUGAGCAAGAAACUCUAUUGUUACUGUUUAUGUUUAAAACUUGCAGACCAGACACUGAAUAACUAUUUAUGGAUCACACAAGGUUGUUUCGGGCGGAACCAGAAGUCUACAGUGUACCUAUAAGGACAAACAGAGAUUCACAAUAAUGUUUAUUAAAUAAUUAGCUGACACGACAAAGUUCGUACCAUCUCAAUCUUUCUUUCUAACCUUUUAAACCAUCCCUGGACUUCCACGAACAUUUCAAUACCAAACUUAUCAAAAUCGGCUCAGCCGUUCUCGAGUUAUAGUGAGACUAACGAACAGAAAUUCAUUUUUAUUUAAAUACAUUUUGUUAUAGUUAAAUUCUACCCUUUACUGAAUCGCUGUUUCCUGUAAUAUUAGUUUUUAUGUGUAUUGUGAAUUUAUAUAGACAUUUAUAUAUGUAUAUAUAAAUAAUAAUACUUGUAGUAAAAUAUUUAAGUAUAACUUUUAGAGAAAAGAUGCAUUUUUUCAUUUCACUCGAAAACUAUCGACCCCCGUUUCAUCUCGAAACGAAACGGACGACCUCGACGAAAAGCAAUAUUAGAGAAAUUAAAAUAAUUCACAGUACAUGUAGAAGCGAUCGUGUUAAUCUUAAAAUUAAAUAAAAUUUACUAUUACAAUAUUAUUAUUAUUAUUAUAAAAUAAUUAUAUUAGUUUAGC